CGUCAUAUCCUAAAGUGUGUUAAAGAAAGAUUUCGGUUUGUUUGUUUUCAUUCUAGUUCAUGCUUUUAUUGCUUUAUAAUUUAGAAAGCUAAGCAUAAUUUUAAUGGAGCCAAACCAUAUAAAACGCUUAAAAGAUGAGCACAGCAAGGGUAUUCAACUGUGCCAAGAGAAAAUUGCACAAUGGUUGAAAUUCAAAGCAGAUUAUGAAGUCCUGAAGGAACGACUUGAAACCCUACCUGAUUCUCUUUCUUAUGACGUAACAGUUCCAUUUGGGAUUAAUGCCUUUACGAUGGGUAAAAUUGUUCACACAAAUGAAGUGAUGGUGCUACUUGGUGAUAACUGGUUCGCAGAAGUGUCAGCAAAGCAAGCAGCAGCAAUUGCUGAUAGAAGAAUAAAACAAUGUACAAAAAUGUUAGCUGAUUUAGACAAAGAAAAGGAACAAUAUCAUAAUUGGAUGAAUUACAUAGAUGAAGUGUCUGCAAAUAAUGAAGGUUUGAUAGAAAUUGUUGAGAAAUAUGAUGAUGAAGAGGAAAAAAGAUGGAGAGAACAACAUGCCAAAAAUGUGAAAGCUUACAGACAAAAAUUAGCUCGUGAACGGAAAAAUUCCACGGGUGAGAGUACAGCUAGCAAUUCAGAUGAUGAAUAUCGACAAAGGCUGGAGAGCUUGGAAUUAACAGAAGAGGACUCAGAAGUCAAAUCAGAAGAUGGCAGCACUUUUGACUAUUCUGAUGAUACUUCACAGCUUUCAGAAGAACAUUCUACCAAGUCAUCUUUGAAACUUAAAAUACCAAGCAGACAAAGGACACUUUCUUUUGAUAGUGGGACAGAUGAUGGUAGCCCUCGGCCAACGGGAAUAUGGGAGGAGAAUGGAAAGCAUGUACGGUGGCAAGAUCUCUCACGUCAAAAUAUCAAGAGGAUUACUUUCAAGCAUAGCAAAAGGAAAAAGUCACAGCCUAUCAAAUGUCAGUCUCCAGAUCCUCCACCUGAUGAGCCCCAACCCUUGAUCCAGAGCCCCUCAGACAUCUACAAGCAAUUUGGGAGCUUUUUUCCUGCUUCCCCGCCAAAGUCCAUUUUGAAGGUGAAGCACUCGCCCACACCACCGGACAAUGAUGAACCACCUGAAUUCCCAUCCAACACUGCGUUCACAGGUGAGGUGUAUGAACACGCAAUUAGCUCCCCCAUCCAUGUGAGCGAAAAGAAAUCUUCCAGGCCCACAUCGCACUUCAAGAGUUCCAGAAAGAAUCGAAAAAAAUAGAUUUGGUUGCUUUUCAAAAUCUAGCAAACUUUUAUUCCUGAGAUCUGAAUGAAUUCCCACAAGAUCUUAAUGGUUGCUUAAUGGUAAUAAAACAUGUCCUUAACUUUGAAGUAUUUUAAGACCAAUUGUUCUCUUUUUUUUUAAUAACUGACAAAAUUCAUAGUUUUCCCAUUUUUGAUAGAUUUAAUUUUUUUUCCCACCCUAUUCCCUUUCUUUGUGUUCAUAGCCAAAGUUUUAGCAACAAAUAAAAAAGAUGCUGUAACUAGGUUAUUAAAAAAUUGCUCUCAUUUAUCAAACAUAAUUGCUUAUGCUUUCUUACUUUUGCCAGUUAUAUUAAGUUACUGAAGAGAAAUUAUUUUCAUUAGUUCAGGGAUUCCCACAUCUAAAACUCAAAUCAGUUUUUGAAACCAAAAACUUUGAUUAUAUCAGAGAUAGCUGAGAUGCACAACUUGUAGAAAGAUCUUUAUUACUCUAUCAUGAAUAUGAUAAUUUUUUUAUGUAUGUUGAGGCUAAAGAUUAAAUUGCUUGAAUUUAUGCAAUUUUCAUUUCAGUUUUAUUAUACAGAAUAUUGAUUAACAUUUUGUGCCAAAUUUUAUUUAAAUUCAUAUAUCAUUUUCAAAUGUGUUAUUAUAGUUAGGGCUGUUUCUACACCAUGUUGUUAACUUCAAUUAUUUUUACAAAAACCUAUUUUACUCUUGUGCAAUGACUAGCUACAAUAAGAAGUCACAUGAUCUCAGCAAAAUUUCCUUGCCAUUUAAUUAUUUAACAAUGUCAAGAACACACUGUUAUUGGUUAUUUUAAGGUGGACUAACAAAGACUAGCAAUUGGUUCUCUCUAUCUUGUUAGGCAUGCAUGUUUCUGAUAUUAGAUUGCUGACUACAAAACAGAUUCUGAGGUGUUCAUAUGACAUUGUAUUGUACCUUACAAUUGUUCUAUCAAAACUUAUGCAAAGAUCAUUUUCUGUAUUUAUAAAUUUUGUCAAAUGCAAAAUGACCUUUGAAAAUCAACAUCAAUCAAAUUGAUAACUUUGAAAAAUGCAGAAGAUAUCUUUCUACUUCAUGUUCUAUAUGACCUUCAUGUAAUGUGUGACUUUGAAAGAAAAAUUGUUCUAUAAUUAAUCAGUGUGUGUGAGUUGUGGAAAAAAGAUGAAACUGCUGUGCUAAUGUAGGUUACUGCAUACUCUUCUUCAAUGGACAGGGAGUCCCAAUACUCCAAGUUCAGGGGAUACUGUUGCCAAAAUGUCCUGAUAUCGGAUACCACUUGCAAAAAAGUUUUGAAUUAAGAUUUUGCUCACAAAAUAUUCUUAAAUCACAAAAUGGAAAAGUAGAUAAAUGGCCUACCUUUUCAAAAACUUACUUUUUCUCAAAACAAAAACCUACUUUUUACAAAGUGAAAAGAUAAGAUUUUGUUUUGCAGUUUAUUGGAAAAUAUAAUAUUAAACUUUUUUGCUUCUUUCUUCACAAAAUAUGCUUCUGGUUUCUUUAUUUAAAUUAAUAAGCUCAUGAAUUAAUCGGCUUAUACAUGAAAGUUUUAAGCAGAUUUUUUUUGUAAACAGUGAACUGUUGCAUUUAGAGAUUUUAGAAUUAUCUUGAAAAAUUUUAUUUAUAUUUGGCAGAAAGUAAGAAAGCUAAGUUAUAAUUAUUGUUUGAAAGGAUAUAGCCAUUCUAUCAACUUACUUCUUUUCUAUCCAAUAUCUACUUCAUAAAAUGAAAUAGAUACUGCCCCCUAUGCAAAAUAUAUAUUUUGGAAUUAUUCUUGACUUUAUUUUAUUGAUUAUUAUCAUUUUACUGCACUCUUAGUUAUUUUUAAUUAGAAAAUAUAUUUAUGAUUCUGUGUACAAUUUGUAUUUUAAAUAUCAAGUGUAUAUCUGAAUUUACUGUAAAUUGCAUUGUGAGAAGAAUUCAGAUUUCACAUUAAUUUUUCAUACCCUCUGUAUUAUAUAUCCCCCAUGUGUAUAUGAUUUAAAAGAAUAAAAAUUCUAAAAUAAAUUACCCAUAAAUGGUGAGAAAGUUUUCUUUUGGGUAAAUAUAUUAACUUGUCACUCUGAAAGUGUUUUUGAACUCAAAUAAGUGUUGCACAAGUACUCCUGCUGUACUGAAAUUGUCUUUAUAUUAAAAUUUGAAAAAUUUCACGUGGAAAUGCCAUUUUUAUUCAUUGUCUUACCUGCUAUUAAGAUGUUUAAUCUAGAUUGUUAUGUUGUUUUACUAUA